UCUAGACCUUGCCCGACCGUGGUGAGCAACUGUAAGGCGCUCUUUCGCCAAAGAAGUAUCUGAGCUGAGUUUGUGUGCGCGAUCACGGCCAUCGUGAUACGGAGCGCUAGCGAGGCUUGCUUUUUACUUGAGUGCAGUGUUCUUUCUCCAAGCGCAGUUUCGUCUCCGUCUUUCAUGAGAAUUGGACAGGACGAUUCAACACACAAGGCCACAAAAUGUGAUGAGAUGAGGGUUCCGGUGCUCGUGGAUUUAAUUCGGAAUGCAAUUUAUUUCGUCGCCGCACUGAAUCCGUGGAUCGUGAAGGCGAACAGGCGCUGACCGGGCUGCUGAAACUCUAGCACGUCGUUACGUGAAUCGUAUCGGCCGACAGAGAGAACACCGUCACGGACAGCCACGAAGCCGGGCAGCCGCGUUCCACUACAGUGAACAGCGAGCAGAGCUUUGCGGAUGCGUCUCUUUUCCGGGUUUUUUUUCGGCGGAUUUCGUUCCUUGCUGGUCCACCUGAUCAAGACUGUCUGUCUCCCAGUGGCACAUUCCUGGCUGAAUGUUGAGCCGUUUGCUCACAUUCAGGCCUAGAUAUGGCCAGCAAGCACAGGCUCGACUGUGAUAUCGUUUGCAAAGAGAGCUGUGAUGGCGACUACCACCAUAUGCUGUACAAGUCCUGUUCGCUGAUCAGGAGUCAUGCGGGCCCGCACCUGUGUCAGGAGUGCACGGAGCUGAACUGCCAGACUCGCUGUCCGCUCUGCAAUCAGCGGUGUGUACGCCGAAGCGGUCACGACCCCGGCCACUACGUGCUGCACGGCAAGAUACGAAGCAGCACGGGCGUACCGGUAGUCUUCUCGCCGGGCUGUGGCCCUGUGGAGCACGAGGGCCUGACGUGCAAGGAUGUCUGCAAGAGUGGCUCUCACUUCCAUGUACUGCAGAGGUGCGGCGAUCGGUAUGAUGCUGCGUGCCUGGCACGUCCCGGAAGCAAGGUUAAACACGACGUUCAGCGUGGUUUCGACUACGUCACUCAUGACGUGUUCUGGAAAGAAAGGUUCAAGUUCAGAAUGAAAGGCAUUGUGACAAAGGGCAUGUGAACUUCGGAUUUGCAUGCCAAUAUGAUCUGCUGAUAUUGCAGGAUGAUUAAAACAGCCAGAAAAUCCAAGUGAGGUGUCAGUUCUCCUUUCUUCCAAAUAGCGAUGCUACAUCCCGGCCUCCGCUGACUGGCUCAUGAUCUUCAUGUGGAAAUGGUGAAUCUGGUGUGUGCCGUUCACCCGUAAUCGUGACUCUCUCUCUCUCUCUCUCUCUCUCUCUCUCUCUCUCCCCCCCCUCUUUCUCUCCAUUUUCCCUCUCUCUGUGUCUCUCUGUCUCUCUGUCUCUCCCCCUCACUCUCAACGCCUCCGGCAUAGGAUACGAUGUGCCUUUCCUCCUUUGUCAAUUUUGCUCUUUCAUUAUUUUUGUUCCAUCAGAAGUUCAUCUGGCACAGGUGGAUAAGUCUACGUUAGUACGUGGUUUGCGCCAUCAACUAUUGCAAAGAUGUUCUUCUGCCCCCCCCCCCCCUCCCCGCCUGCAUCAUCAUCAGUUUUGCUCUUUCAUUAUUUUUGUUCCAUGCAUUGAACUAUACUUGCAUGCUGAGAAUUCAUCAGGCACAGGUGGAUAAGUCUACGUUAGUCAUACGUGAUUUGUGCCAUCAACUAUUGCAAAGGUGUUUUUCUGUCUCCCCCGCCCCGCCCCCCCCCCCCCCACCCUCCCGCCGCCCCGCCCGCAUUGCAAUAUCAUGUAUACUCAGUAUCACUGUUUAGCUCUCUCUCUCUCUCUCUCUCUUGGGAACACUUGCUAUAUUUUCACCACUGAGCUGUUGAUUUACGAUUAAAUUUGUUUAUCUUCCCAGUGCUUCCAGCCACGCCUAAGUUGCUCUCAUGCGCUAUCUAGGCCUUGGCGGAUAAUGCCGGCAGAAAAAUUGGCAGAAUUCGGUACUUUUUUCUGGUAAGUUUCAUGCAUGUUUGGUAUGUGGAUAAAGAAAUGGAGCAGAAUUCGAGGAAUUGCCCGCCAUAAGGUUUGUAUGGUUCUGCCAAUUUCACUGCUUUUCGAGCAGAAUCUGCCACCUUUUCGAGCAUUAUCCGCCAAGGCCUAGCGCUAUCCCUGCCUUUGUAUGGACAGAUUGCAUGAUUAUCGCUUUGUUUCACUUUGUAGUGAGGUAAAAGACCUCGGCGGACCUCAGUCUUUUUCUUGGUUUAUGUUUCCCCAUACCGACCUCUUUCUCAGCCAAUAAUAGAUACGUAUUCCCCCAGUCUCUAGCCGCACUGAUGCAGAAGCUUUUUUUCUUCUAUUUUUUUCACAAGAGCCACAUUAUCCACAUGUCCUUUACGUCUCUGUUGCUCCUGACUGGCUAUCGACAUCCUUUGUCUUCACGGAGUUGCUGCUGCUGCUCUUGCUUUUGCUAUUCUUUCGUUUCCCGUCUAACCCCUACUUAUCUUUAUCGCCGUGCACGGUUGGCUAUCAGCCUAUUACCCGCUCUCUUCACAUUGGUUGGUGUUUCCACUGCGUGGUCACACGGCAUUAUAAUAUGCAUGGUCUUUGACCAUCAAAAUGUAUGUGAUUCGGAGUUACGGACUUUCCAAA